AUGUGGGUUAGGCCCAGCCGAGCCGUCUCCGUCCCCUACCUCACUCUUAUCGAAGCCUGGGACAACGAUGCGAAUGCGCCAAAUUACGUCACCUUCUACCACAUAACGGACGAAGCGGAACUAUGGUUUGCUCAAAGCUCCAAAAACAAGCGAGAGAUACCUCUCGAAGAAUACCGACAGGCACUGGAGCUCGUACCCGAUGAAGAGAUCUAUCCCGAAAUCCCAACUGGUGCCAAGCUCACCAUCGCACCAGACAACAUCGAUGAUCCAGUAUUCAUCAAACGCCUCGGCCUCAACUGCUACGAGUCGAUGAAGGGAACGCCUUACGUGUGGAAGUCCGUCCUCGACGAGACAUUGAUCAUGGAAAAGGUCUCCAAAAAUCCACAUCCGUAUAUCAUCAAUUACUAUGGCUGCCGAACCACACGCGGCCGCAUUACGUCUCUCGUUCUCGAGUCGUACGACUGCACGCUCACCCAAUUUGCUCGGCAGCCAGGUUUCAAAGACCUCGACAAGGAGAAAUUUCUGGACGGCCUAGAAUCAGCAGUGGCGUAUGUGCACUCGUUGGGUCUGGCUCACAACGACAUCAACCCGGACAACAUCAUGAUGGGAGAAGACGGUAUGCACGUUCUCAUUGACUUUGGGUCUUGUGCGCCGUACGGGCAGAAUCUUCAGUUCUUGGGCACUGAUGGAUGGUAUGAGGAGGUAUUCUUCACGUCAGAGAAGUCACACGAUGACUUCGCCAUGAAGAAGAUGAGAGUUUAGAUACAGGAUCCGCCAGUAUGAUGGAACAAGUCCGUAGUGAAAUAUGAUGGGGGUUUUCCGGCUUUGCUGGAGCAUUGAUAAGAUGUACCUCCAUGGGAUCCGGCUUUCACGAAAUAAAUACAGCGAUAGAAAGGGAGGUAGAUUAAGGAGGAUCUUGUCUCCAUCAUGCCGC